CAUAAGCUCUUAGUUUUUUGAUAGCCACCAUGAGCGAGAGCCCUCCUCGCUUUCCCAACGCCGCCAUCGACAUAUCUCAACCAUGGAAGCACUCGAGGCUUCCCCACCACCGAGUGCUGAGGCGCUUGAUUCCAGCGAAGUCCACCGUGACCUCGACAAAAGGGUUGUCUGCUCAGGGGAUCAAAUAUGGCUUUGGGAUCCGGGCCCUAGAUGGAGGCUUCGCUGUUUCUUUGCUUCAUUGACGGUGAUGGGAGUGGGGUAUGGUUGUGCACGCCAAAUGUCGACGACGGAGGAGAUACCAUGUUUCGGCAUGGCUGCGGAGAAGCUUUUGCUCUGCGUCGUGAUGGGGCUUGGUGGCCUGCUAGGGUCGUGGUUGAAGGCGUCGACAUUGAUUGGCGCUGCCAAGGCUGUGAUGGAAGUGGUGAUGUUGGAGAUGCAAACGCGGUCAAGGCUGGUGGUCGCGCGGAGAUGCUGUAAUUGGGUGCCGCACAGGGGUUGGGUGUCCACAUCAAUUUUGGUUACGGCUUUGGGCUGAUGUUGGGCCCAAAUCAGGAUGCGUUUGUUGGGCUCAACUUCUCCAGGGGGCUGGAUUUGGGACCCGGGAGAUACUUUGAUUGAGUUUUUGUUCAAUUUUUCUAUUAUCUCUUCUUUGGGGGUGCUGUUUUUCUGUACAGGUAGAUUGUUCACUUCUACAUUCUAUAAAGAGUCUCAGUACAAUCACGCUGUGAGUACCACAAUUGCGUGCCUUGGCGAGCAGUGUGAUUUAGGCUGGGACGAGUCUAGAUUUGAUUGGUUUGCCAACUUCUUGCAUUCCCGGAUAGCAGAUUCUGAUGGUUUGAUCUACAAAUCUCAAGGUCGUGACAAUGCUUCUAUUGUUGGUAAUUAUCUUGAGGAGGCUGAGGAUUUACCUUCAGUUUUUGCUAGUUGUUCUAUAAGUGUUUCAGAGCAGUAUUUUAUUGUAUAUGGACAAUUUGUUGGUGUAGUACACCUUCUGAUUUGUUCUAUCUUAGCUCUAAGAUCAAGCCUUUUUGGCUAUUGUAUGCUCCUUUUUGGGAUGCCCUCUUGAGCGAUUUCUAUCGCUAAUUCAAUGAACU